AUGGGAUUGUCUAUAUCCAGGUUGCUCCAGGGGUUAUUUGGGAAGAAAGAAAUGCGUAUUUUGAUGGUUGGAUUAGAUGCAGCAGGAAAAACAACUAUUCUUUAUAAAUUAAAGCUAGGGGAAAUUGUUACAACAAUUCCAACCAUUGGAUUUAAUGUUGAGACAGUUGAGUACAAGAAUAUUUCUUUCACUGUUUGGGAUGUUGGUGGACAAGAUAAAAUUAGACCAUUAUGGAGACAUUAUUUUCAAAACACACAAGGAAUUAUCUUUGUUGUUGAUUCCAAUGAUCGAGAGCGUGUCUCAGAAGCACGUGAGGAACUUUCGCGAAUGUUGAAUGAGGAUGAACUACGCGAUGCUGUGCUUUUAGUAUUUGCCAAUAAACAGGAUUUACCAAAUGCUAUGAAUGCUGCGGAAGUUACGGAUAAAUUGGGUAUUAGUACUAUGAGAAAUCGAACAUGGUAUAUUCAAGCAACAUGUGCAACAUCGGGAGAUGGUCUUUAUGAGGGCUUGGAUUGGCUUUCAAUGAAUUUGAAAAAAAGAUGUUCAAGUUAUUAA